AUGCAAUGGGAUCAAGCAAGUGUGCACAAUGAACAAGAUCCUGACGAUGUCCCCUCGCGUCAGAAGGCCUCAAGCGAUCGCCGUCGAGUACAUUUCCCCGAGGGGGACUCAAUCAUUCUAGGUUGUCUCGAACCCUUUCACCCAACUCCCGACAAUUGCACGAGCGAUGAGCUAAUUGCCGCAUACAUCGCGUCGUGCAAGUUGUACAAGGCGCCUGCGAUCGAUUUCCUGUUAGAACAACUUAGGGGCAUAGACCUUUCCAUUUGCAAUGAGCGCUACAGCCGACUUUGUCUUCGAGGCAUUCGACUCACCCGUUUUCAGGUGGAAACCUUGGAAGAGGUGUUCCGGAGGGUCUACUUCCAAGAAGUCGACCUCGAAGACACGUAUCUCGACGAGGCAAAGUCCGGCCCCAGUGUCGCCUGGCCCAGGUGUAUCACGUACCUUCGCAAGGUUUGCUCGCAUUGCCACUUCUCCCUAUUCCCAAAACUGAUUCCUAGUUUAGUGAUUUUGACCAUCGUCAGUCUAGUCUGUGCUCCACGUGUUUCCCAGUCAAACGGCCCCCCACUUCAGCGGUUCAAGCUCUCGCACACCGCACUCUGCGUGAACAACUUCGUUGGCCUCAAUCUCUCCGGUCUGUCGCUGCAGUGCCUCACAUUCCGCGACUGCUCUCUCACCGGAGCGGUGCUGUUGGCGCUGGUGCGUCUGCUGCGCUACCUGAUCACCUACACCGGCCACGGUGGCGGCGCUGCCACUUCAAACGGCCGCUGUCCGCGCCUCAUCUACCGCGGUCCCAUGGUCUCGGCUCCCUGGGGCUUGAGUCUCCACCUGCCGGAGAACCGGUUAAACGUCUUCGACGCGGAGACCCUCCUUCUGCUGGUGCGCCAUCAACUGGUUCUCCUGCCGGGCCCUCCAACUCCUGCGGGCGAGGAGGUCCCGGUGAACAAGCCUACGGGUGGAAGCGGUUUCCUGGAGGAGCUGGACUUGGCUCAGAACAACCUUCGAGUGAGUGCGAUUGUGCAAUUGGUCACUUCUCGAAAACACGACCCACGGGUUUACGAUGCGAAGUACGACGACGGAGUGCAGGUUCUGUGUUCGGGUCUCCUUCAAGCCUACCGGAUGCAACAGCACCGUCUCGAGGUGGCCGUCUCGGCGAUUGCGCAGGCGACGAAUCGCCAAGAGACUGGCAGCAUGCCACCGGCCUGCGCCCUGCCCACCGUCCGCGGCCUCGAGCGUCUCUGUCUGGCCGACAACAGCCUAACUGCGUUGGCAGCGCGCCACCUCGCUGUGGUCCUUCGUCAGUCCACGGAGCGCAUGUCUCCGCUCAUCGGGGGACUGACCUACUUGGAUUUGAGCAACAAUCCCGGCAUCGGCAGCAGCGGCGUCGAAGAGCUCUGCGAGGGACUGAUCAGAAACGCGACGUUGCGUGAACUGCAUCUGAGAAAUGUUAGAAUCGGAUUCGGUGGCAUCUUUGCCCUUUCCGGAUACCUCGGAGAGACCAAGUCUUUGACCUACUUGGACAUCCGGCAGAACGCCGUCGACAUCUCCGGUGUGAUGGCACUGGCCAAGACAAUGGGGGUUAAUCGAACCCUGGUGACUCUUUUGUUAGACGCUCGCAACUCCUCCCUACAACCAACCGAAAAGGACUGCGAGCUGAUGCGUGGCUUCCUGCGGGAGCUGGAUGAUUGCCUUCGCAGGAAUCGGAAUCUCCAAUACAAUGCUACCAAGAAUCCGACGCCAGUUGAGGAAGACAAACCAUCGCCAAACAUCUACUCAGUCUUCGUCGAAGAACCCUUGUCGCCACCUCUAGCGUCCAUGUCCGAAGAACUCACCAACAGCGAAGACGUCGAUAUCAAGGAAAUUCUUCUCGAUAGACCCAAGCCAAUGCUGCUAGUCGAGGCGGCGACUGACAAAGACUUGGAGGAACUAUCUGCUUCCUUGAACGAGGAGUCUUCAGAGAUUCUGCGGCAUCCUGACGGUGGAAUUCAGUAUGCGGCUGUAGCAGAAGGUGGCGACGUUGGAGAAUUGACGGUGUUUCCUGCCUCUCAACAGUCGCAAUUCACAGAUCCACCAAAUGCAUUCCUGGAGCGUCGUGGAGACAUGUCUGUGGCACCCACUAACGAAGCAGUUGAAGAGGCAGACCAGGUCGUCGAUGGGAUGGUUUCUUUAGCUCUAGGAAAUGAGCCGCCAAUGGAAUUUGAAGCAUUCUUGCAAACCUCCACCAAUCCCAUGCCUGAAGCACCACCCCUAAGAGGUAAUUCAAGUUCCGAAGACUUGCUCGAUGAGGCAAUGCAAAAAUAUCGACUCAAUGAGGGUGUAGACACAGAAAGUCACGAUCACACAGCUGAUUUGGUUGUUGAUUCACACCAAACCUUUACCGAAUGCACCGCUUCUGCGACUGCGGCAUCACUCAAAGUGUUCCCACCUGACACCUCAGAUUCUAGCGCGGACAAUGAGUCGGAGGAUUCUCUUUUUGAAGAUACAAGUCCCCAACAGCCUGACCAGCGAGUGCCAGCUAGCGAUUUUAAAGGAUCCUUAACCUGGGUUAACGAAAUUCCUCAGAGGACUGAGCCUGAAUGCAAAGAGGCCCACCUAACCUCUGAACAAGAAUUCAAUUCUGGUGCGGCCGAGGGCGCGGGUAAAGCGCAUACUAGCGAACGUUGGAGUGAUGGUGAAUGGGAGAUUCAAGGCGGCGGCGGUGGUGGUGUCUCGUGGUCUCCUGGCCAAUCGCCACGUCUGAACGCUCGUGACGGAGGCAUGUUGUCCACUGCGCAAGAACAGAGCACCACACAGCAGACUGGGCAAUGUGAUUUCGCGGCGUCAAGUGGUAAAGCAUCGGCAGACCCCACCGCCACUGGUCAUGACCGAACAGCUGUCGUUGGAAAUGCUAUUGAGCGUUGUUCACCGGAGUCAAAUGACUGGACUGUUUCCCGGGUUCUCGGUUCUGUCCCACCAAAUGUCUCUGCUGAUCCAAUUGGAUGGAGAUCAGAAAUCGCAGACGAUAGCUUGUCUUGUGUUACACACUCAGUUGGCCAUCCGUCGUCCUACAGUAAAUCACGUGAAAUCGACACAUUGGGUUGGGAUGAGAGUUUGGACGACUCCAAACUGUCGAACUCCUCGCAUGUGAAUGUUGCUGAGCUCGAAACAUCGAAAACACUUUCCGUGAACCCACUGGAACAUCUUUCUUGGGGAGACGAAGUUGCCUCAUUCGAACCACGUAGAGUUGACGAUUCUGUGAAUACCAAGUUGACUGUGGACGUGUUUGGCGCUCAGCAGGUGAAUGUUGAACCCUCGCUGCAGUUAAACGAGGAGCCUGAACUUGCUGGAGGUGGUCAUUCUACUCUCAUAACUGAACCCGUGAGAUCACAGGGUCCAACAGAGAUGCCAAUUAUUCAUUCCCUCGAUGGUUCCAACACUCGUUCCAGCCCCUCAUCAUGGCUCAAGGAGGUCGCUUUUCGAACUGAGGGAACAAUGUUGCAGUUUCCACAAGAGCCAGUCGGCAAUGAAGAUCAACAGCCGCCUGUUCAUUUGUUGGCUGAUUACGUCCAAGUCUCUAAGAAAGAUGAGCCUGAAAACUCGGGGUCCAUUUUCGAUGUCGCUCCACUUGAGGAAUUGGGUAGCGAGGUGCCAAGGGGUGUAGAGUUCUCUCUGGAAACGACUAAAACGCACGAAAGUCCACUCUUUCAAUCGAUCGAUAAAUCUACUGCUUCCGUCUCGCCUAUAAACCCAGCAACCACAUCAGCUGCAUCUGUGGAUGAGUCGUUCAGGCAGUCUCAUCCUUCAGGAGAAUCUGGGAAGGAGUCGGCCCAAGCAGUUGCACCUCCAACUGGUGAAUUUUGGAGCGAUGUUGAGUUUAGUAAAUCCAGUGAACACCUCGUCGCCAUUGCUAACCUUACGCAUUCGACGGCGCCCAGUGAAUGUGAGAGUGGGCAUAACCGGACGCAAUCGAUGGAAGUCGAUAAACUGGCUGAUCUUCCUUCAGCCAGAGUUGAUCGGCUACCCGACGAAGUGCCGGAGUCCGAUUCGACAGAGGGAUCGUUGGGUGUGUUAGGCAAACCUUUGGAUUGGGCAAAUUCCGAAGAACUCGCUGAUAUCAAUUUUGACCUCAGUCUAAUGUCUCGGGCCGAGGAUGUGGUCAAUGAGGACUUCCAGCAAAACAGACUGUCCUGGGAAGGUAUUAGUCAACCUGGUGACGAAGUGGCGGGUCUCGUUGCUGAUAACCUGGUUCUCGCGAGACCAUCUCCUCCACUUGAAUCUUCCGUGGAAGGCGGAGAGUCAUUGGUAGCGGAUUUGGAUCCAGUGACUUCAAUUCAUCGACCGUCUGCCGAGUGCUUGAAUCUUCCCUCAUACCAUGUCGACGUUGAAUGCGCACAAAAAUCGGAAGCAGAUGGAUCGUUGGAUCAGUUAGGCGAACCCUUGGAUUGGGCAAAUUCCGAAGAACUCGCUGAUAUCAAUUUUGACCUCAAUCCAAUGUCUCGUACCGAGGAUGUGGUCAAUCAGGAUUUCCAGCGAAGCAAACUGUCCUGGGAAGGUAUUAGUCAACCUGGUGAAAAAGUGGCGGUGAAACCGUCCGUAACAGAUGUCGAUCGUUCUGCGGGUCUCGUUGCUGAUAACCUGGUUCUCGCGAGACCGUCUCCUCCACUUGAAUCUUCCGUGGAAGGCGGAGAGUCAUUAGAUCCAGUGACUUCAAUUCAUCGACCGUCUACCGAGUGCUUGAGUCCUCCUUCAUACCAUGUUGACGUUGAAUGUGCACAAGAAUCUGAGACACCUGAAGGCAGUGGCAUCUUAGAUACCGCUUUGGGUGACGCCGGCCAGAGCUGUCGUAAUCCCCAACGAAAAUUCAUUAUGGAAGAAAACCAGAAGGGUGGAGAUUGCGGCAAUCUCACUGACACUCAAAUUUCGUCUGUACCACGAAUUCAGGUCGCUGAUUCUGAAGACCCCGUAAGCCAGGCCGGUAGACGAAGCGCCUCCAUCAGCCCUCUUCAAAAACGACAUCCCCCUGGAAAUCCACGAGGACGGAGAUCGAUCCUCGUGACUGGAACUCCUGUAACACCUUACCUACUACUACCACCACCACCAACAGUUUCCCAGGCGAUUAUGGUACGUUGCCUAGCGAAUUGGGCUCUUCCAAUUCGUUUAGAACCCCUAACUAUGCUUCCUACAUUACCAUUCAUGAUCCAGCUUUCUUCCCUACCUAGUGGAAAUUGCGCCGAUUUCUAA